AUGCUCAUGAAGUUGCAGAUGGCAGACGAGAUUACAAAGGGCAAGGGACAGCGUGUCCAGACCUUCGGCAGGAAGAAGCGCGCCGUUGCGGUCGCUCUCUGCACCAGGGGCUCCGGCAUGAUCCGUGUCAACGGCCGCCCCCUCGACCACAUCCGCCCCGAGGCCCUGAGGACCAAGGUCCUUGAGCCUCUGUACGUCAUGGGCUCGAAGCGCAUCGCCAACAUCGACAUCAGGAUCCGCGUCCGUGGCGGUGGUUUCACCGGCCAGGUGUACGCCAUCAGGCAGGCCAUCUCCAAGGCCGUCGUGGCCUACUACCAGAAGUACGUCGACGAGGCCUCCAAGAAGAAGAUCGUUGACGAGCUUGUCGGCUACGACAGGUCCCUGCUUAUCGCCGACCCCCGCCGCUGCGAGCCCAAGAAGUUCGGUGGUCCAGGUGCCCGUGCGCGCUACCAGAAGUCGUACCGUUGA